AAUAAUAAGUAGUUAUAAAUACAAAAUACUUAAAUACUUAAAUAUUAAUUAAUUAAUACCGUACGCCGGUAAGAUUCCAGAAACUCGGAUACGCGAUUGCUUUAUAUGAAUUAAUUUUUAUGAUUUUCAGAGUUCACCAACUACUGACUACUGAGUAGUAAGUAGUAUUGAGUACUAACUAUACUAGAAUACUACCCUAUUUGCGAAAAUGAUAAAAUGAAAAGCGUAAAGCUGUAGAUCAAUCACCACCUUUUGACUACAAAUUUGGAAAAUGAUUUCGAAAAAUGGUAUCGUUAGUGUUUAUGGUUUUUUACUGGGCUUGUCAGUCUUAUUUGUGUGGUUCUUACUCCAAAAUAGCGUCUUGCUAGAUACCUAUGUGGACCGUACUGUUGUUAACCCAUUUCAUUUAUUUAUCGUGUAUGCAGCUAUUUCUAAUGUCCUGGUACGUCUCAUCAACAGAGGUAUCACCUAUAAAGUAUGUGCCCAGGCUUUGUUCUUGGGUUUGGCCAUGGCUGCGGGAUUGUUGAUCUCAAUCCUAGCACCAGCUUCAUGGAAGCCUUUUGGAUGGUACAUAUGUGUGAUGGCCAUAUUUCAUUACUCCGAGUUCCUCAGCAUAGCCGUAUGUAAUCCUAAAACUCUAACGUCUUCAUCGUUUAUGUUGAAUCACAGUAUCGCAUAUGGUAUAGCUGCCACAACCAGUUGGCUGGAAUAUAUACUGUGGCAUUACUUCUUAAGUGAUAUGAAAACAAUUCAUGAAAUUAGUUACUUUGGACUUGUUAUGUGCGCUUUUGGUGAAACGUUGAGAAAAUGUGCCAUAUGGACUGCUAGAGAUAACUUCACGCAUUUAGUGCAACAAGAAAAAGCACAGACACAUACACUGGUCACUCAUGGUGUGUACUCGUGGUUCAGACAUCCUAGUUAUGUUGGAUGGUUUUACUGGUCCAUUGGCACACAGAUCGUCAUGAUCAAUCCUGUUUGCGUGGUAGCGUAUGCUUUGGCCAGCUGGAAAUUCUUCAAGGAUAGAAUUUACUACGAAGAAAUCACGCUUUUGAAUUUCUUUGGAGAAGACUACAUUUCAUAUCAAGAAAAAGUCGGAAUUGGCUUACCAUUCAUCAAGGGAUUUGUAGUGAUGCGUGACAAUGAAUAAGAAACAAAUGUUAACUGUUAUGCAAUUCCUAUUAAGUGAUUGAAAAUAAACAUCACAAAAACAUAUUAGACAACCA